AUGAAUGAUUCGGAUGCGCAGACUCUCCGUGACCACGAUGCCGACCGACAGGCUCGCGAGGUCUACCGGUAUUUCCAGCCAGCAAAUCCGGCGGCGUUGAACGCAUCAUGGCUUCCUUUUGGAGACGACUCGGCAUCUAUACCGGACCUGUCGACGGCUGCUACCUCCGUUGUCCACGACAAGUCAGCUCCAGAGAGUGACCCAGCUGAAGCUAGCAGGUUCUGUAGCCCGAACACGACUUUGACAUCAUUUGCACAACUUGCAGCCUUACGCCUGAACGCACAGCGUGCCUUUAUUACAAUAUUGAAUCGAGAUUUUCAAUUCAUCUUAGCCGAAGCGACAACAGAUACUAAUAUCGGAAGCUCAAAAUUGGCAUUUGGGAAGAGAGAUCAACUUUUCGCAGGAACAUCAACAUUGGAAAAUAGCUCAAGCUGGAAUAUAUGCCGGGAGACAGUUGAAAUUUCCUCAGACAAGCAAGAUAACGAGCAAGAUAUACAAGAUCGCUUUUUGAUUAUCAACGACCUUUUGCAGCACGAUCGCUUCAGACAAUUGCCCUUCGUAAAAGAAGAGCCCCACUCCCGCUUUUAUGCCGGAACACCCCUGACAACCGAUGAUGAUAUCAAUAUAGGCUGCUUGUUUGUGUUAGAUUCUAAGCCCCGUGAAGGUUUGUCUGAAAAUGAAAAGGAUGCAUUGGGUACAGCAGCAGCAAUGGUUAUGAACUAUCUUCAUGUCAGCCGUCAGGCCAUAGAAGGGCGCCGAGCCUCGCGUCUGUCGCAGGGCCUCCGUCUUUUCGUCGACGGCAACUCUAGUUUUUCCGAUAGCUCUCACAUGUCUCGGUCAAAUAGUUCCAGUUCCACUCGGUCUUCACGGGUAUCUGCUUCCCGUGAAACGAGUCGAUCUACAAUCUCUCGCAAGAGCGACUUCGAACCUCCCUUGUCACACGCCGAGAACAGUCAUACGCGGCUUCAAAAUGACCACUUCCGCUCUUUAAGCCCACCUGUAACUGAGUGGGCAUACAAAGAAAUUUCUACCGCAGCAACAUCAUUUCCGAACUUGCCGCCAGGCGACAAUUCGUCAGUUUCCUCAACAAGCAACGAUUGGAUUUUUCAACGGGCCGCGAACCUUUUGAGACAAAGCCUGGACUUGGACGGUGCAGGUGGUGUGAUGUUCUCAAGAAUUACUGACUCCGCACCAGACUAUAUGGUGGGCAGUCGUCGGAAUUCCACUGAUUCUACUUUUUCUGCGCCUGUUCUUGCGAUAUCCACUAGAGAUGACCCAUUAUUUUAUAAAGCAGUCUCCAAGGAGUCAUUGCCAGCCGCCAAUUUGGACAACGACUUUAUAACCCAACUGACUGUUCGCUACCCAAGAGGGAGACUUUGGUCAUUUCACAAUGAUGGAACUUUGACCACCUCUGACGAGGAGCAAUCUAUCAGCGCAUCUCGGAAACAGCGAAAUAGGUCGAGAGUUUCAGAAUCUAGCAAACUGAACAAGUUCUUCCCUGAUGCGUGUCAGGUCAUGUUUGUCCCGCUAUGGAACGCAACGAAUUCCCAGUGGUUUGCCGGGUGUUUCUGUUGGACUCCUCAACCAACGCGAAUUUUCAAUCGCGCUGUUGACCUGAGCUCAAUAUUUGGUUUCGCUUCAUCUCUCAUGACCGAGUACAGCCGUGUCGAAUCAGUCAUUGCGGACCGUCAGAAGGGGGAUUUCAUAAGCAGCAUCUCGCACGAACUGCGCAGCCCCCUGCAUGGAGUCUUGGCUGCCACCGAGCUGUUGGAAGAUACCGAAUUAGAUGAAUUUCAAGACUCUCUCAUUGAGACGAUCAAUGCAUGCGGCCGAACGCUCUUGGAUACGAUGAAUCAAGUCUUGGAUUUCAGCAAAAUAAUGUCAUUGGAGAGGCGGAAGCGCAGAUCUGGGCGCAGAAGAGAUCCGUGGAAACGAAAACAGGCAGAGGAACCCCCAGCGCGCAUGGAUCCAUUCGUGUCGACAGAUCUUGCCACCUUGACAGAGGAAGUUGUGGAUAGCGUGUGUUUGGGGCAUUUUCAUGUACAACGGUCAUCAACGUUCAGAAACCAUUCGCCAACUUUGCAUUCCAAGCCGGCCGAAGAGGAUGACGAAGCUACAACUCAUUCAGGAGUGGACGUUGUCGUCAAAAUUAGCAACAGUGACUGGCUCUACAAACUCCAGCCAGGAUCACUUAGGCGGCUGAUUAUGAACCUUCUGGGCAAUUCUUUGAAGUACACCAAGGAAGGUCUGGUGACUGUCUGUAUUGAAGCUACUCAGCGGUCUUACGCUCGCUCCCAACCUCACGAGCUCGAAGAUCUAGUCACUUUGACAAUCUCGGACACAGGUAGAGGCAUAUCCAGUGAAUAUCUUCGGACACGUCUGUAUACUCCAUUUGCACAGGAGGAUACCUUGUCAGUAGGUACUGGUCUCGGACUGUCAAUUGUUCGCGGUAUUGUGGAAACGCUUCAAGGAUCCAUCAACAUCCAAAGCCAAGUGGGCCAAGGCACUACUGUGAAGGUGUCAAUUCCCCUCGCACGUCCAGGAAAAGAGGACAGCCUGCUACCAACACUUCACAUGGAAAGUUUAGUUCAAAAGAUACCCGCGACAUCCUCUCCAUCUCGUCAUGUGGAAUUUACUGGGAAGCGUGCUGCGAUUUGGGGAGUUGACCCUUCUCUCCUAAUCAAUGAUCCGUUCUGGUCUUCGAUCAUUCAGUAUGUCACCGACUGGUAUGGCCUACAAAUUGUGCCGUGGUCAGCCAAUGAGAAUGUCGAUAUUCUAUUUGCCGACGAACGCGACUUCUCUGAAGAAAAAUUGCAGCACUUCCCCACCGAAUUACCACGGUUGAUCCUAUUUUGUAAUGACCCUGGCAGCUCUGGUGACUCCAGGGCCAAAUGGUCUCAUCUAACUGACUCUUUGGUAAUUCUACGUCGACCUUGCGGCCCACGAAGACUCGCCAACGGGAUCCUUAGCUGUCUUAACUCAACGCCGACAACUCCCUCGCCGCGCCAUUCCAGUCCUGAACAAGGAUUUGAGGUCCCAGAGCGACCGAAGCCUUCAAACACGUCUCGGUUUGCCAAAGAACCUACUCUCUCAUCGUCUGAACAUUUGAGUCCAUUGGCCCCUAAAUUACUCAAUACCAGACCGGUCUCGUGCAAUUGGGGAAAAUAUCCCACCAAACGUGACGUACCUGUACUGUUCUCAGAUGCAGAAUUGUCCGGUCACGCCAUGUCUCGCAAUACCCCUACCCCCUCGGCUACGUUCUCAUCCUCUGGCAGUCCCGCUGCCAUAGAUAUCUCAUCUGCGCGCCAAAGCAGACCCCGGGUGUUGCUGGUAGAUGACAAUGAGAUCAACCUUCGUCUUCUACUAACCUUCAUGAAGCACCAGAAAGUCAUGACCGUUGACACAGCUGACAAUGGCAGAGUAGCGGUUGAUGCCGUGGAAAGAAAUCUGCAAGGAUACGACCUUAUCUUUAUGGACAUUUCUAUGCCUAUCAUGGACGGAAUAGAAGCAACUCGCGUCAUUCGCGCGCUUGAAAAAGAACGCGAGGGAUGUGUUCCCGCGAGAAUUGUCGCCCUUACUGGACUCAGCAGCUUGCGUGAUGAGACCAAAGCUCUGGAUGCAGGAGUGGAUUUGUUCCUGACGAAGCCUGUUUCGUUCAAGGAAGUAUCGCGUCUGAUCGCUGAGUGGGAAACUACAUCCUCAAACUGA